GGUGGUUGGAAACGAGAUUUGGGACAAUCCUUGAGUUUCCUUUUACUGAUUCCUGGCGCCUUUCACCAGCUCUGUACAAUUUCAGUUCAUGGAAGAUUUCAACAUGUCAGUUAGGAGAGUUCCACCUCUUACAGAUGACAGCCGAGAUCUGCAGAAGCAGAUUGGAUGCAUGAAUGGAAUUUUCCAACUCUUUGAUCGUCACCAUUUCCUCGCUGCCCGACGAGGUAGCAGCCACCGCCACAAGAGGCUGCUUCAAGGUCCUCAACACCAGCAGGAUUACAAGUCCAUGAAGGCUGCCAUGGAAAAAGGUUUGGAGAUGCAGAAAGAGAAGCCACGAACCUCCACAGAAUCGUCCAGGGCCUCGUACUCAUCCUCGACUUGUUCAACCUCGACAUUCUCCUCGAUUGAUUGCAGUAAGGUAGCUCAGCCAGAUGCCCUUCCGUUGAAGCUAAUCAAUAUUCCUGAAAGCACAUUUCUGGCCACUGCCACAAAAGAGCAACAGCCUUCAUCAGCUAAGAGCACACAAUCGCUCGAUCUUCAGGACGUAGUGAAAGAUUCAGUGUAUAGAGAAGCACGUGCCCUGCCUGUCAAAUCCCGGAUUGCUAAUGAAAGGAGAGGCAAGGUGAUGAAGCACAUCGACUCCCCCAGGCCUUCAUUGCAGCUUGAUUCUGAGAAGACAAAACUCAGAGGUUGUGAGGGGCUGGCUCAUGUUCCGGGUAAGCCCCGAGAAAGUACAAGGAAUACUAAAGAGCGGCUUGCACUCCCACGCUUCUCUUACGAUGGAAAAGAAUCACAGGAGACGAUUAAGUGGGGUGGGAAGCACAAAGAACACCCAAGACUAUCAUUAGAUAGCAAAACAAGUUCCAUGAAAUACUCGGCCCUUGAGUCACGAUCGAACUUUCUUGUCCGGGAUCAGAACAAGGAACAAGUGACCUUCAGUGAUGUUCUUCCAAUCAAUGAAGAAUCUGGGAGUCACCAUCGAUCAUCCAGCAUUGUAGCAAAGCUGAUGGGCUUGGAGGAAUUCCCCGAUGCCAUCUCCUUGCACGAAAAUUCGACUCCAACACUGCAAUCAUAUGCUAAAGAAGCUUUCCUUUCACAUAUGGUUUCAUCAGCUGAGCAAAGCAAGUCAAGCCAAGUAACUCACUCACCUCGCAUUUUGCAAACCAAUCAUGCAUCUCCAUCAUCAAGACAAUCCGAUGCCAAUUUUGUCAGGAAACUGAGAUUUCCAACAGAACCUGCUCCCUGGAAACAACAAGAUUGCAGCCAAGGCUCUCCAAAAAUGGCUUUACAGACUAGGAAAGCUGCAACAGAUACAAAGCGUCAGACACUGUCAGUUUAUGGUGAAAUUGAAAAAAGGAUAGCAGAACUUGAAUUCAAAAAGUCAGGCAAGGAUCUCCGAGCCCUUAAACGGAUACUCGAGGCAAUGGAAAAAACAAGGGAGCAGAUGGAAAAUCAAAGAGGGGAAUCUGCAGGAGCUGCCUUGCAGAUGACAUGCAGUGUGGAAGGAAGCUGUUCAGAUCAGAACUCUAGCUUGUCAAGCUGGAAGGAUGGAAAGAAUCAUGGUCGAGUUCUGAUCAAGGGUCCUGGAACUCAAAGGCCAUUAGGACCUCCAGUCAUGAUCAUGAAGCCAGAUAAAACAACAGAUAGAGUCAACCUUCCAUAUUCCACACAGAUCUCUGCAGCAGAGAUGCCACAAUUGUGGCGAGUCCAAACUCAGGAACCUAAAUAUAACAGGGAAAACUCAGGCCAGAGACAAAGGGCUAAAGAUUUUUCACCAAAGAACAAUCUCAAAGACUCCAUGGAGCAUUUUCUAUCCCCUGGCAAGAAAACUACUUGGAGAACUCCAGAGCAGGGCAGAACCUCAGGAAGAGCUCAACACAUUACAGUAGAAAACUGUACUACUUCUGGAAGAAAUUCUGGAACUACGAGUCCAAGAUUGCAACAGAAUCCACUCAGGACAGGACCAUCUCGUCCCAGCACUUCACUGUCAGACUCAAGAGAUGUCAGGAAGUCACAUGGUAAGAAAAUCAUAAACAAAGGUUCCCAGAAUAAGAAAACCAAAGUAAGAGCCAAAGAUCUGCAGUUAAGUGAUGAUCAGCUGAGUGAGCUAAGUAGUGAGACAAGAUACUCAAGUUACCAAGGCGACACAGCUUCCGUAAAAUCAGAAAGCAAUAACAGCCUAGUUUCUCUGACAGAAACAGAGAUCGCAAGCCUGGCUCAUUCGACUAAUAUAAAUGCUGAGCAAAAGAAGAAUUAUGUGCCAAGAACAAGAAAACAUAAGCCAGCAGUUGAUAAUAUAGCAACCACAGUGGAGCAACCAAGUCCAAUCUCAGUUCUUGACGAUUCCUUCUAUUGUGAAGAUUCUCCAUCUCCAGUAAAGAAGACAUCAACAGCUUUUCAAGAUGAUAUUUCAAGCCCAGGUGAAGCAGAAUGGCAUCUUGAAGAUCAGAAAAUUAUAACAGAAUGCAGAAGACCUGAUCAGGGUUGCGAGUACAUUAAGCAAGUAGAAGGCGGGAGACACCCCAUUCAAGAGCUUAGGUCUUUGCACAAUUAUCCCGAUGAAGCUUCUACUUUAUUGGUGUCUGGAUGUGGCCAAAAUCCAGAUCAUGUAUACAUAAACAAGGUUCUAUUGACAUCAGGGCUUCUCAAAAACUCAAGCUUCAUCUCAACUACUGAACAGCUUGUUUCAUCAUCUCAUCUCAUAAAUCCUGAUAUGUUCCAUGUCAUUGAACAAUCAGAGGAAGCUUUGGGGAACUUUCAUGGUGAAGUCAUCGACAAGAAUGAGAAGACAACCUCAGAUAAGAAAAUUCAAAGGAGGAUCAUUUUUGAUAUGGUAGAUGAAAUAUUGGUUCGUAAGAUCAAUUCAGGCAGAUUUGCAGGGGGGAAGAAAACGACAAGUCCACAGUUGCUGUUGGAUGAGAUUUAUACAGAGAUGGACUAUGUGAGCCAGAUUUCAAAUUGCAAUCUUGAUAAUGCAGAAGAUGAAAUCACCAGGCUCUUAAUAGCAGACAUGAAAUAUCAAUCAGAAGACUGGGCAGAUUACAGGGGUGAGGUUCCAGCCGUGGUGUUGGCCAUCGAACGCCUCAUCUUCAAAGACCUUAUCAAUGAAGUAGUCAUAGGCAAGGGUAUGGAAGUUCGGGAUUGGCCUAACAGGCAACUAUUUAGACAGUAGGAUGGACCCUUGUGAGCCAUCUUUCCUAAUGGAUCAUGCAUGUCAUGAUAUAACUCUUUUAGAAUAGAGAGCACAAUCAUAUUGUAAUUCCAAUGCCUUCCUUUCCGUUUUUUAGCUCAUUCCUAGGAUGUGCUUGGGUACAAUCAUGCAAUGACUUAUAUUGAUCAUUGAAUAACGUAAAAUGCACCAUUG